AUGAGUCAAGUGAUUAACGUCAAAGCCUGGGGUGCAGCAGGUGAUGGCAAGACAGAUGAUACUGCGGUCUUGAACAGUAUUUUAGAUCGAGCGGCUAACAUGUCUUCCAUUGCUUUCUUCCCUUAUGGAGUAUAUGUUAUCAGAGACACCCUACAUGUCCCUAUCAUGGCCACUGGAUCGAAGUUUCAAGAUGAACAGAAUCCGCAUGUUGCUAUACAAGUCGGGCGGACCGGUGAAAAAGGCAUUAUUGAAAUUCAGAGUCUAAUGUUCACCGUGUCUGGUCCAACAGCCGGUGCCGUUCUGAUGGAAUGGAAUGUCCAUCAAGUCACGCAAGCGUCAGCUGGCAUGUGGGAUUCGCAUUUCCGAGUUGGGGGAGCGAUCGGCUCGGACUUGCAAGCAAGCCAAUGCCCCAAGGGUUUGGGUUUUGUUAACCCAGAUUGCAUCGCAGCUUCUUUGUUACUACACCUCACACCUCAGUCAUCGGCGUAUCUUGAGAAUAUUUGGCUCUGGACAGCGGAUCAUGACUUGGACCUACACACGCAGGAUCAAAUCGACGUGUAUGCAGCACGCGGUGUUCUGAUUGAGAGCCAGGGUCUAACAUGGCUUUAUGGAACUGCUUCGGAACAUAAUGUCCUCUAUCAGUAUCAGGUUUCACAGGCGAAGAACCUCUACAUGGGAAUGAUCCAGACAGAGUCGCCCUACUUUCAAUCGAUUCCUACGGCCCCAAGCCCCUUUUCCCCUGGAUUGUUCCCUAAUGAUCCUACCUUUGACGAUUACGAUUCUGGUUCACAAACAUGUCCUGUAUCCUGGGCUUUGCGGAUCGUCGAUUCCACCACAGUCUACUCUAUGGGAGCAGGCCUUUACAGCUGGUUCUCCGCCUACAGCCAGGACUGUCUGAACACGGAAGAUUGCCAGCAACGAGCGGUCGAGAUCUCCCAGAGCACAGACAUUUGGCUAUACAAUUUAGUGUCUAAAGGGAUAGUCGAAAUUGUGAGCCCGGUCAAUGAAAAUCCCACGCUAUCGGCAGAAAAUGUAAAUGGGUUCAUGUCGUCUAUCCUCGCGUGGGUUCGCGAAGAGGAUGCUACAACCGGCGCCAGAAAGUUUCCCGGUUUCCAGCUCUAUGAGCCGGAAUGGCUUGACGGUCUCACAAGUACCUGCAAGACUGCUCCUUCUCAAAACAUUCUCUGCCACCCCUACUUGGAGAUGAAAUAUAAAAAUGCCGGCAUGAAGUCUGCGAUAAAAACUGCGGCUGGUGGCUACAUCUACGCAGGGUACAACCUGACUUGCUUGAAAGACCCGUCCACACAGAAGUACUGUCCCGACGUGCUGACCCAUUUCACCCUCGUUGAUGAUUUCCAGUCCAUGCCUCCAUCGGAGAUGUGCUCGUACUGCUUCACUACCUCUCUGGAGAUGAGACAGGCCAGUCCCUACGCCGCCUACACCGAAGAUGACAAGGAGGACUUGGAGACUCUGCAUGGCAAUUGCGGCCUGUCCGGCCCAACAGACCUCCACAAGCCUCUCUACACCGAGGAAGUGGUCGAGGCGCCUUUUUGCGCAUCCGGCAUAACACACACCACCACGGAGGGCGAAUCAUGCGAUAUCCUAGCCGCUAAAUAUCAGGUCGCUUCUGCGGCCAUUCAGAUCGGCAACCCCAUGGUUGGGAAUAAUUGCACCGAGUUGAUUCCUGGCCGGGAGCUAUGUAUCCCCCUCGGCUGCGACAGCCAAUAUACUCUCAACGACAACGACACCUGCUUGUCAAGCGAAUGGGACCAACUGAUCAAUUUCGGCGACGUCCGCAAAUACAACUCCUGGAUCAAUGCCGACUGCACGAACCUCCAAUCCACCCGCACAGUCCACGGAAGCGUCCUCUGUCUCUCGCCGCAAGGGGGAAGCCAUAAUGCCACGGGCAGUGCAUCGAUCGCCCCUAGCGUCAAUAGCGGGUAUACCAAUGUGGUCCUGUAUGCGCCUGAAGGUGCUACCGUGGCUAACGGAACGACCUGUUACUGUGGGAAAUGGUACACAGUACAAGAGGGAGACUCUUGUGCCACUAUAUGUAUUAGGCAGGAGGUUUCCUCUGAUCUGUUCAUGGCUGUUAACCCUUCCCUUUCGAGCAGUGAUUGUGAUGGCAGUUUGAAGGUCGGGUAUACGUAUUGUGUUGGGCCGGACUUUCAUUGGGACGAUACUGACUUCUGGGAUGAGGAUAGUCGAUGUGAUGUAGACUGAGGGUUGAUUUGCGGAUUAGUGGCUUUGAGGUAGGGUAGUUAGCAGCUACCCCGGCAUAUCAUAUCGACCAGAUAUAUAAACAGUCGCCAAGGUUAUCAACCUGAGCAAUGGAAAUAAUAGUAGUGACCUGCCCCUGAUCACUGAUAAAGUAUAGUCUGGAUAGUAUAGUGCCGAACGCCAAGAGUCCAAGUUGAUAGGAGUGGUGGUAUGUUGAGGUGGAGAUGCCUGAGGAUACAACUGAAAGUCUAAUUGAUCACUAGGGUCUGCGUGAGGUGAGUGCUGAAUCGAACCGAGGACGCGAGCACAAUUUGGAUCCAUAAUCGAAUAAUG